AUGCUUCUAGUUGGGAGCCUCCUUGUCCUCUGUGGGCUGCUGGCCCAGAGCUCGGCCCAGCUGGCAGGCCUGCCCUUGCCCUUGGGCCAGGGCCUGCCCUUGCCCUUGGGCCAGGAUCUGCCUUUGGCCGUGACCCCAGUUCUGCCUUCAAAUCCCACAGGCCAUCUUGCUGGAAGCUUCACAGGUGCUCUCAGUGGUGGCCUGCUGUCUGAGGGGAUUCUGGGCAUUUUGGAAAAUAUUCCACUCCUGGAUAUUAUAAAGUCUGGAGACGGGAAUUCUAAUGGCCUGGUUGGGGGCCUGCUUGGAAAACUGACUUCAUCAAUCCCUCUCCUGAACAGUAUCCUUGACAUAAAAAUCACUGACGCCCAACUGCUGGAACUUGGCCUUGUGCAGAGCCCUGACGGCCAUCGUCUCUACGUCACCAUCCCUCUGGGCUUGAGACUCAAAGUGAAUACGCCCCUGGUCGGAAUUGGAAUUUUGGAACUGGCUGUGAAGCUGAACAUCACCGCAGAAGUCUUGGCCGUGAAAGACAAUCAGGGGAGGAUCCACCUGGUCCUUGGUGACUGCACCCACUCCCCUGGCAGCCUGCAAAUCACCUUGCUCAAUGGAGUCACUCCCCUUCAAAGCGUUUUAGACAGCCUCACAGGGAUAUUGACUAAAGUCCUUCCUGACCUGGUGCAGGGCAAGGUAUGUCCUCUGGUCAAUGGGAUUCUCAGCCGUUUGGAUGUCACCCUGGUGCACGACAUUGCUGAAUUACUGAUCCAUGGACUACAAUUUGUCAUCAAGAUCUAG